AUGUUCAAAGCAUUAAGAGUUGGAUAUUAUUGGCCAGCAUUAGAGCAAGAUGCAAAUGCAGUUGUCCAAGCAUGCCUUCAAUGCCACAAAUUUGCAAAUUUUGCCCAUCAUCCUCCAGUUCCACUAUCUAUCAUCAUCUCCCCAGUCCCUUUUAGUCAGUGGGAACUCGAUUUCGUGGGACGGCUACCCACAGCCCCGGGGCAACUCAAAUUUGUCAUUGUCAUUGUGGACUAUAACACGAAGUGGAUAGAGGCAGAACCCCUUGCCACAAUCACAAUUGAAAAGGUGGAAGCCAUAAACAAGCUCAUCAAGCAAAACCUGAAGAAAUUCUUGGAAGAUGCUAAAGGGCUAUGGGCUGCCAAGCUCCUAGAGGUUCUCUGGACACUUCGUACUACCCCAACAACAGUUAUAGGUGAAUCCCCAUACCUCUUGUCCUACGACACCGAGGCAGUGAUUCCUGUGGAAAUGGAGGUCCCGAGUGAACAUGUCACGGCAUACGAUCCCGAGACAAACGCCACGGGAUUACGACUCAACAUGGACCUCCUAGAGGAGCGCCGGGAUAGGGCACAUCUCUGGAAUGUCAACAACAAACAAAAGAUUGCCUAA